AUGCAGGAGACUGAGGUUGGAUCCCUGGAUAGGGAAGGUCCCUCUGGAGAAGGAAAGGAGUUACGGUAUUCUUGCCUGGAGAAGUCUAUGGAGAAGAUCCUGGCACAUGGGGUCUCAAAAGAGUCUGACACGACUGAGGGACUGACACUUUCACUUAGGGCUUUCCUGGGGGCUCAGACAGUAAAGAAUCUCCCCGCAGUGCAGGAGACCUGGAUUUGCUCCCUGGGGUCAGCAAGAUCCCCUGAAGUAGGAAAUAGCAAUCCACUCCAGUAUUCUUGCCUGAAAAAUCCCAUGGACAGAGGAGACUAG